AUGACAGCCCACAGCAUUGAGAAGGCCCACAAAAUGGACAGCGACCACGCUACCGACGAGCUGCUGUCCAAUAAUAAUACGCUGUUGAUAUCCGACUAUAAAAAUAGCACGCGGCUACUGCCCGAGCCAGUGGAAUCACCUACUAAAGCCUGCUCCUCCGACUUACUGUUCAACAAGGCGCGUCGCCGGCGAAGAUUUGUUCCUGAUGAACGCAACCUGCGCACGGAGCACUCUCCUCUGCCUUCUCGUCCUCGUCCUCGCUCGCGGCCACCUAUAAUGGUUGAGUACCGUCGGUCAUAUCGAGUGCUGAUUGUUACAGCUCUCCUGGUUAGCCUGGUGGCCAGCUUUAUAACGAUCAGCGCUGGCUUUCCACUCGACGGCUCGCAGAGUUCAUUCUACACCUUUCGCAAGUGGUACACUGGCUUGAACGGUACCCUGGAACUGGAGUUCAAGACGGAGCAGCCGAAUGGCCUGGUGCUGUAUACCGAUGAUGGCGGCACCUACGAUUUCUUUGAGCUCAAACUGGUUGAGGGCGCACUGCGUCUGCGCUAUAAUCUCGGCGGAGGCGCUCAAAUCAUUACCGUUGGCCGUGAGCUCCAUGAUGGCCAUUGGCAUAAGGUCCAGGUGCUGCGCAACGAUGACCAGACCUCGUUGAUUGUCGACGGCGUCUCACAGCAGCGUUCGACCAAGGGCAAGGAGUUCCAGUUUGGCAAGUUUGCCAGCAACUCGGAUGUCUACGUUGGUGGCAUGCCCAAUUGGUACAGCAGCAAGCUGGCUCUGCUGGCCUUACCCAGCGUCAUCUUUGAGCCACGCUUCCGUGGCGCCAUUCGCAAUCUCGUCUAUGCGGAUCAACCAGGCGGCACCACCAGGCGGCAGGAAAUGAAGCAACCCCGCGACAUCAAAUGCGGCGAUGCGCCCUGUGACCAUGGCGAGAUGCCACCCCGCGAAAGAGGAAUGAGGGGGGUAAGGGGCGGAAACACGACCGACGCCUGUGAGCGUAAUGAUCCCUGCCAGCAUGGUGGCAUAUGCAUAUCCACUGAUUCCGGUCCAAUUUGCGAGUGUCGAAAUCUGGAGUACGAUGGCCAGUAUUGUGAAAAGGAGAAGGCGCCAUCGGAAGCAACGUUCCGCGGUACACAGUUCCUUUCGUACGACCUGGGCCAGACGGGCGCCGAGCCCAUUGUCAGUGCCCAAGAUGCGAUCUCAUUCUACUUUCGCACACGCCAGCCGAAUGGGCUGCUCUUCUACACGGGUCAUGGCACCGACUACUUGAAUUUGGCACUGCGCGAUGGAGGCGUGUCCCUGACCAUGGGCCUGGCCAAUGGCAAGCAGGAGAUGCACAUAAAGCCAUCAAAGGUGCGCUUCGAUGAUCAUCAGUGGCACAAGGUGACCGUGCAUCGACGCAUCCAGGAGAUCUCGUCCAUAACCAGCUUCUGUCGGCUCGUCACUGUGGUGGAUGAUGUUUACACGGAUCACUCGCACAUUGCUGGCAAGUUUACCAUGUUGUCCUCCUCCCGGGUCUAUGUCGGAGGUGCUGUCAAUCCACGUGCUUUGCUCGGCGCUCGAGUUCACAACAAUUUCGUGGGCUGCCUGAGGAAAGUGGAGUUCUCGGCAGACACAUUGAAUCUGAAUCUCAUUGAUCUGGCUAAAAGUGGCUCCAAGUUGAUACAGGUGGCCGGCAGUUUGGAAUAUCAGUGUCCAAGCGGCGAUCCUCAGGAUCCAGUCACGUUUACCACGCGUGAAUCCCACUUGGUGCUGCCGCCGUGGGAGACGGGCAAGCAGAGCUCGAUAAGCUUUAAAUUCCGAACUAAGGAACCCAACGGCAUCAUCAUCCUGGCAACCGGCUCCAAGCAACCGCGUGCCAAGAACCCCGUGCUGAUUGCCAUUGAGCUGCUCAAUGGUCACAUCUAUAUACAUCUGGACUUGGGCUCGGGAGCAUCAAAGAUACGCGCCUCACGACGGCGGGUCGAUGAUGGCGACUGGCAUGAUCUCAUCCUGCGUCGCAAUGGUCGCGAUGCCAAGAUUGCAGUGGAUGGCAUUUGGAAUGAUUUUCGUACACCUGGCGAUGGCACCAUACUGGAGCUGGACGGUCACAUGUAUGUGGGUGGCGUUGGGCCGGCCUACAACAGCGUCGCCUGGCCAGCGGCCAUCUGGACGGCGACUCUGCGACAGGGAUUUGUGGGCUGCUUGCGUGACCUCGUGCUCAGCGGCAAGGCGAUCGAUAUUGCUGCCUUUGCACGCGUGCAGGACUCAGCCUCAGUGAAACCAUCGUGUCAUGUGCAGGGCAAUGUUUGCACUGGCAAUCCCUGCCUGAAUGGCGGCACCUGCCUCGAGGGCUGGAAUCGACCGAUUUGCGACUGCUCGGCCACACUCUAUGGGGGACCGACCUGUGGAAGGGAGCUGGCCACGUUGGCUUUUAAUGGCAGUCAACACAUGACCAUUUGGCUGGCCAAUGGCCAAGGGACUAAGACGCAAACGGAGGAGCUAAUCAUACGUUUUAAAACAUCGCGUCCAGCGGGUUUGUUGCUCUUAACAAGCGCCGAAUCCAAUUCCCCGGAUCGAUUGGAGAUUGCCCUAGUUGCAGGUCGUAUACGUGCCAGUGUUCGGCUCAGCGAUCGGGAGAAGAACCUGCUCGCUGGCCAGUCGGUGCUCAAUGACAAUAAUUGGCACACCAUACGAUUUUCACGUAGAGCAUCGAAUCUGCGUCUACAAGUUGACGGGGCUCCCCCCGUCAGGGGUAUGUUAUCUGAGACAAUCCUGGGACGCCACAGCACCAUGGAGAUACGUUCGAUCCAUCUGGGUGGACUUUUCCAUGCCGAGGAGGAGAUCCAAAUGACCUCAACGAUGUCAAACUUUGUGGGACAAAUGCAGGGAUUCAUAUUCAAUGGACAGCGCUAUUUGGAUAUUGUCAAGUCACUGGGGCCAGAGCUGUCGGCGCUGCCGAGUGCCACCUUCAAGCUAACAGCAAGAUUUGUCAACUCGCCAGCUGGACAACCGUAUCAUGCAGCCACCUUCCGCUCCAAACACUCCUACGUCGGUCUGGCCAUGCUCAAGGCCUACACUAGCAUCUCCAUUGAUUUUCGGUUUAAGACCGUAGAGCCGAACGGUUUGUUGGUAUUUAAUGGAGGCAGACGUAACGACUUUGUGGCUGUGGAACUGGUAAAUGGUCAUAUCCACUACACAUUUGAUCUGGGGGAUGGGCCAGUCACCAUGCGGGAUAAGUCUCGCAUCCACAUGAACGACAAUCGCUGGCAUCAGGUCAGCAUUCGUCGACCUGGCCCAAAGACGCACACUCUAACUGUGGACGAUUCCUUUGAGAUUAUCACGCUAGCUGGCAACAAUAUGCAUCUGGAAUUGGCGGGUAUACUCUACAUUGGAGGCGUCUUCAAGGACAUGUACUCCAAGUUGCCGGGCUCGAUAUCAUCACGUUCCGGCUUCGAGGGUUGCCUGGCUUCAUUGGACUUGGGCGACACCUCACCCUCCCUAACCAGCGAUGCGGUUGUGCCCAGUUCCCUGGUUGUCAGCGGCUGUGAGGGACCCACCAAGUGCAGCCAGAAUGCGUGUGCCAAUCGUGGAAUCUGUGUCCAGCAAUGGAAUGCCUAUGCCUGUGAAUGCGACAUGACCUCGUACACGGGACCGACCUGCUAUGAUGAAUCGAUUGCCUAUGACUUUGGAAACAACAAGGGCAUGGUGCAGUACAAUUUCCCGGAGAAUACACAGGCGGAUACCGAGGAGGAUAACAUUGCACUUGGCUUCAUUACGACCAAGCCGGAUGGAGUCUUGCUGCGCAUUGAAAGUGCCACCACACAGGAUUACAUGGAGCUGGAGAUAGUUGAGGGCAAUAUUUUUAUGGUGUACAACAUUGGAAGCGUGGAUCUGCCGCUGGGCGAGAUCGGCACCAAGGUCAAUGACAAUGCCUAUCACGUAGUGCGUUUCUCACGCAAAGGAGGCAACGCAACACUCCAGCUGGAUGACUACAAUGUUCAAGCAGUGACUCCGCAGGGCCACCACUCGACCGUGUUCAAUACCAUGUCGAACAUCCAAGUGGGAGGCAAGUUCAGCCGCAACGGUCGCACGAGGAUCGAGCGUCCGUUUGCCGGUGUCAUUGCCGGUUUGUCGGUUAACAAGCUGCGCAUACUGGACAUGGCCGUCGAGCGCGAUCCCCAUAUCACCAUACGAGGAGAUGUUCAAUUGGUAACUGGAGUAUUAGAUAGAAAUGAUCUGCAGAGAAUGCAGCAGACGCCAGCAAGUGGUUAUCCGGGUGCCAUAGAUGAUCUGAUAUUCUCCGGAGCCGGGUCCGGAUGUCGCGGCGACGACGAAGAUGAAUGUACGCCGCCAUUCGAGUCGGGUAGUGGAGAUGAUCUCAUAACACCUGUCUAUGUGCCACCGACAAAGCAGACGACAACUACACAACAGGGUAACAGUCUCAGUGUCGAUCGCAACAACAACAGCAACACAAGCAACAACAACAACAAUGGCACAGAGCGUGCCUGCGAUGAUGAGGAUUGUGUCCAUGGAUCGGGAGAUUAUGGCGAGACGACGGAACAGUUCACAGCGACAAGCACGGCAAAGGGUGCAGAGUCCAAUAAUGAGCUGGUAACCGCAUCGACAACUGGACGCAGCAGCGAUGUCACCACGGAGCAACAACAACACAGCAGCAGUAGCAGCAGCAACAACAACCUGGGCAGCAGCAGCACCACCAGCUAUAUGACGACCAUGUCGAGUGCUGGCAGCAGCAGCACCUCAAUCAGCAAUCCGAGCACCAUCAGCAGCGUGGGCACCACCUCCACACAGCGCACCACCAGCAGCUCGAGCAGCACGACAACAACAACGACAACAACCACGACAACCACUACACCAGUGCCGGAGACACGCACCACCGUGACGGAGCGUGAAACCACACCCGAUAUCUACGUUGCCAUAGGCGGCGGUGUGGGAGGAGGCGGUUCAAAUCGAGAUCAUGAGCGUAUACAAUUGCCCGAUGAUCACCAGUUGCCGCCGAUGCCACCGCCAUUGCCACCACAGCCAGAUGCACCGCCAUACGGUCCGUACGGCGGCAAUACCUACAACAGCAAUGUGAACAACUAUCGACCCAAGGGCAAAGGCGGACGCAUCAACUCCAUUGAGGAGGAGCGCACGGCGAUGAUCAUUGGCAUUGUGGCGGGCAUAUUAAUAGCCGUUAUCCUGGUCAUAUUGCUUGUGCUGUGGCUCAAGUCCAACGGCGAUCGAGGCUACAAGACGGAGAGUGAAAAGGCCGCCGCGUACGGCUCGCAUAAUCCGAAUGCCGCACUGUUGGGCAACACCAGCACCAAUGGCUCGUAUCAUCAGCAGAGGCAGCACCAUCAGGUGGCCGGACAACAUCAUGGCCAACAGCAGCAGCAACAGCAGCAACAACAACACCACAACAGCCACAAUAAUGGCGGUGGUGGUGCUGCUGGUGGUGGUGGCAUGAUGUCCAGUGGCAGCGGCUCCCUGGGCUACGGCAGCGAUGGAAGACCACAGAUGGCAGGUCUCGUACAGCCGAAGGCCAAGAAACGCGACUCCAAGGAUGUCAAGGAGUGGUAUGUCUAAGUAACGUGCAACAAAUGAACAGCGUCAAAUUAGCAAUAAAUACAUAAACACAUACAUACACAGAUAUAUUGAAAAAAGAACAAUAUUUAUUUAUUUAUUUGUAAAACUCAUGACGUUAAUUACACACAUUGACAAAGUGUACAAAUGACGGAAGGAUAAUAAGCGGAGACCGCACGGAUUGGUUUAUUUAGGCAAUAAUGUUAGCAUGGACAAACACACACAACCACACACACACACACACAGAUACUUUAGCUGCAUAUGCAUUAAGUUUUAAAGGCAUUGAAUCUAGCUGGCAGAAAAAUACCAAAAAAAAUAAUAACAAAAAAGCAACAAAAAAAAAUUACAAAUAAUUAUAAAUUUUGAGCAAAAAUUAUGCUUAAGAAAUUAUAGCUUCGAACUCAAGACUUGCUAGUAAAAAAAUAAAACUAAUAAGAACUAUCACAAGAUGCAGCAUAUAUAUAUACACACAAUAUGUAUAUUAUCAUUGUGUUAUAAAUAGUAAACAAAUUAUGCCACUAGCCAAUCAAAUUAUUGUGUAUAAUAUUUCGCUACCAAAGUAUAAGAAAAAAAUAAAGAAAAAGCAAAGUGUUCGCAGCAAUUUGAAAAAUGAAUAAUAAUUCAAGCAUACAAGCAAAAUUUAGCGAAAAUUCAAUGUAAACGUAAUUUAAACAUACUUAUAAUAAAUACUUAUACACAUACUAAUAUAUUAUACAUAUAUAGAAACACAUCAAAUUCUAUAAGCAGUUUCUGUUUGUUGCGUGAACAGCGUGUAAAGUUAUCAAAUGUGGUGCUGUAAUCUAAUGAAAGUCGCAGGCAGCGUACAAUUUAAUGCUGUUUAUUCUAGUAAUCAUAAUGAAAACACUAAAGAAUAUGAUAAUGAUAAUGAUACUACUAAUGCUAAUGGAAAAAAAAAUCAAUGCUUAAAUGCAAGAAUCUCUGUUAAUUGAUUAAUUGUUUAAUUGAAUUGAAACUGGCUUUAAUUAGUUAAUUGAAAUAUGAUGAGAAAUGAAACAAGAAACCAAAUGAGAAACUGUAGAAUCCUUUGCUUUAGUUGAAUUAUUAUAUAUACAAUAUAUCUAUAUAUGUAUAUUAAUAUAUGUAAUGCGAUUAUCUCGUUUGCUUGCUACAAACUCAAUGUUGAGUUCACCAGGCGAUAAUAAUUAUGUUGUAAAACCCCAAGAUAACAUAUAUACUUUUAAUACAAUGUAUAUGUAUUUGAGACUAUAUAUUGUCAUAGAUUUCUCUAUGCAGUAUGAACUCGGACAUAUCAAUUAACAAGACACCAACUCAUACACACACACACACACAGACAUGACACGCGACACUGAAGCGAACCUACCUAGCUUUUUUACAAAAUGUGAGCGAAAAUUACUUUACAGCUAAAAAAAAAAAAA